AUGCUUGGGCAGCGGACGGCGCUUCGGUGCCAUGCGCCGCGCGCGGCACGGCCCUACUCGACAGAAGCCGCAGCGCGUCUACAGCUAUGGCACGUAUCCGGUGUAGCGACGCUUGGGCUUGUGUGUGCGGCCGCGACGUGGUACUUUCUUGCGCCGGCGACCCCCGCAGAGCCUGCGCCGGACUGUUACGCGCCGCUUCAGCUCGUCGCGAGCGGCACACUGCCGAGUCCCGGCUCGCAAAAGUUUGAUGUAAAUGAUAUGAAUGUGCACCGGUACAUGCUGCUGCGGUCGCAGCACGCAUCUGGCGUUUCGCGCGAGAUUGCAGGGCCAUUCGCUGCCGACGCACACGAUCCGCGCAGGCUGCUUGCCAUCUAUUCCUACUACAUCCAGGAGCCAUCGCUGCAGAUAGAGCGGCCGUAUACGCCGCUAUCUCUGUUUUCACGCAACGAUCCAUCUACGCUGUUGUUUCUGUACAAGCGGUACGCGAGUGGGGAAGUUUCGCGAUACCUCAAUCGCUUGCCGCCCGGCGCGUCUGUGCGAAUCCGUGGUCCUAUUCCCACAUGGUACCUGUCGCGCAAUACGCCCAUCCCCAAUGAGAUUGUAAUGAUUGUUGCCGGCACAGGCAUCUGUACAGCCACACAAUUGCUUUCCAACGUGUUUGGCACUGCACAAGAUCGGCAUGCGCUGCAUGCCGCGACACCCAAGAUCACUGUGUUGUACGCAGCGCAGGCCCUCGAUACGCUAGAGCUUUUGCCAGAGCUUGCCAAAUAUGAGGCGCGAUUUCCCGACCAUGUGCGCAUCGGUCUCUGGAGCGAGAGUGUUGCGCCUGGCACGGGCACCCUCUCCGCGCCUGCGUCCGAGCCGAUAUCUGCACGCGUCGACGCACUUUUAGGGCGGCACAAAUCAUGGUGGAACGUCUUUGGCCAAGCGAGUGCGCCGAAUAGGUAUGCACUGACACUGGAAAAUACGAAAUCAUUGCCUCUCGUGCACGGUCGCAUUGGCAAAGAUGAUCUCGCGCGCUGGUGCGAGCCUGGGAAGCCGGGAGAGCGCAUUGUGCUUGUGUGUGGCCCCGAUGGGAUCAAGGGAAACUAG